AUGCCCCUCUCCAAGAAUGCGCCUGCGCGCUCCUCACAGCGCAGGAAUUCGCAGCAAGACGACACGCCUACCCGGACCCGUGGUCGAGGAGCAAAACCAGCCCCAUCAAAAUCAGAUGCUCCAGAGGGCGUUGCACCAAACAGCAGUCCUACUAAACUCAGUCCCACCAUGACGAGGAAGACGACUCGUUCGGCCUCAAACAUUUCAGGUAAUUCGCUCGAGGCUGCAUCCGACAUCUACGCCUCGUACGAGCAUCCCCUGUUUAUGGUGUUUGGCCUGUCGCCCGAGUUUUUCAACAGCCUCAAGAAGCAUCACGGCAAACUCCCAAAAGAGCGGAAAAUUAUCGUCGGUUCCUUUACUGAGGGCUCCCCUACUCCAGAGGAAGAUGCAACUGAAUCUGAAGAAGAGAGUGCCUCAGAAAGCGAAGACGACAUGCCAGUGGCGCCUCAGCCUGCGCCAAGAGGCCGCGGUCGCGGUGGUCGGGGCUCGCGCGGUGGACGCGGUCGAGGCGGCCGUGGACGAGGCAGAGGCGGACGCGGCAGAGGAGGCUUUGGAAAAGCGACUCCAUCUUCUUCUUCAAGAGCUCGCAAUGGUACUGCCAUCUUCCCCUUCACAGAUGGAGAUGAUGCUCUGUCCAACCAGAGCACGCCGAUCAGCAAUGCCAAGACGCGAACACGCUUGGGUGGUAGCGCGUCAGAAUACAGCUCAGACGAUGACAAUGAAGAAGCAAUUGAAGAUGACGAAAGCGAGCCUGAUUACGAUGGUAUGGACGUUUCACAAAAAUCCCAAGGAACGCCACACGGCUCUCAACCGCCCGACAUGGACGACUCCAUUCAUGCAAGCGCACACAUGUCGGGACAGGCACCUGACUCCAAAGCUGAAUCAACAACAAAGACGUCUAACAGACUUGGUGUUCCCAGGAUUGCCUUGUUACCACAGUCAGCAUCGCAGACACCGAGAGACUCUGCAUCGACGCCGGCAGAAUCCGCUGUUCCCAAGUUGCUCGACCCCGAAGAGGACGUUCUCUCAGACUCUGACCUUCCCGAUCCAUUCAUCUACGACGCGCCGUCUCCAGUCGAGGCCGAUUGUGAGGACAGGGCCGACUUUCUUUUGCAAAAGCGUUUCAAGCCAAUGGCCGAUGUGCAGGCUGCCAUUGCCGCCCUGACCAAGUUCCCUGCCUCUCAAAGAAGUACAGAGAAUCUCUAUGCACUAACCGAAAACGCACAACAUAUUCUCAAAGCCUGGCAAGAUGAAUAUCUCAUGUUGGAUGCAAGGACCGCACCCCACAUGCACCCGGCCAAGAAAGCUUGCAAUGGCGGGCGAAUUCCAUUGACACCUGAGGUCUUUGAAGACAUGAAAGAGGCGGAUUUGUAUGGCUACACUUAUGAUCCCAAAAAACCAUUGGGAUGUCAGGACCCCUGGGCUCAACGACCAGGUGCAGAGAAGGGUGGCCGUAGGGAGCUCCGAACACGCCGAACCCGUGACAUGUUAGAAUCAGCAGCCCCAAGCGAAGAGGAAUACGAGGACGACAACGACGGCCGCCCUUCCAAGCGACAACGAAAGGCUCCCCGCAAAUUCGAUGGCACUGAGGUUGCCACAGGUGCUACUACCCCGAAGAAGCACAAUGGAUGGGGUGGCGCGCGUAAGAAGGGCGUCAGCAGGUUUGCCAAACCUGCAUCCGAGACUCCAGAACCAGAAUCAAGGCCUGUAAAACGUGCAAGGGCAACAGCCAGCAAUCUGCUCCACCAGCGUAUUCAAGAAAUGCGAGAAGAAUCUAUCAUCGGAAGUUCCGGAGACGAAGAGUCAUCGGCUGUGGAUGUUGAUGAAUAUACGGAGGUUAACCCCAAGCGUGGGCGUCCGGCUGGUAGCAAGAAUUCCGCUCGACGCAGCGACUACGGCGUGAAGAAAGGCCCACGCAAGAAGACAAGCGAUGCAGGCACGCCUGUACCGUCGGCUCAUGGCCCUAGUGCACCACCACCUGCACUCAACUCAAUGAGUGAAGGCCAAGGUCAGUUUACCAUUGAAACCCAGCCUUUUGCAGAAAGUACACCCUUGAUGGUACCGAACUCUGCUGAGACGGUUUUCCAAGGCACGUCGCAAAAUUCUGCACCGCCUCAAGAGGUACCGCUGGUGCACCCGAGUGAGUCUAGUACACCAGACGCGUACAUGCUCACUGCACCUCUAAGUCAGUACACCAACAAUUAUGUCGACGAGUCGGCGCCCGCCUCAGGUUCGAGAAGGAAGCCACGCGUUAAGAGCGAAAAACGAAGCCAGUCGAUGACCAUGUGGUGGGCCGAACGCAAAGCCAAGAAACGAGAGCAGGACGAGAAGGAAGGCAAGCCAGCAAAACCUACACCUUCAAGGUCAAAUUCUGCAAGCCGAAAGGGGGCUAGGCAAUCUGGGGGAUCAGCGGCUGCAGCGACACCACAGUCACAACAGUCUGAGUCGCAACAAGCAUCUCCAGUUCACCAUGCACAGCACGCUCCUCCCCAGCACAGUCCUCACCACGCGCCUCCAGAAGCAUACCUUCAUUAUACCCAAGGGCCACCUGGACCACCACAGCACUACAUGUAUGUCUCUGCUCCAGGGCCGCCACAUCACAUGAUGAUGUCUUAUUCGCCGCUUGCUGCGCUCCCAACUGGCUCGUUCCCAGGCCCAUUUUCACAUCAUCCACCACACCACCAGCAGGGCAUUCCUCUUGCCCAGCCUAGUUCUACAAGUGGGCCAUUCGGAGGUGGGCCACGCCAACUUGCCCCGGCACCCACGAACAUGCCGACCUAUCCUAGUCCAUACGGGCCGCAGAGCCCGGCCAGUGGAAGACCAAAAAGCCGUGGUCAGUCGAUACCCAAGAGUGCUGGAAAUGGACAGCAGGCGCUGGCGCCAGCACCGCCUCAGCAACAACAGGGACAACAUUCUCAACAGAGCCCGCCAAUCUUUACUCCGUAUGUCCCUGUCAGCAUGGCCGGGGGAAUAGGACGCGAGAUGCCUUUCAAGGUCAUGGUCCCUGGGCCCACUCCUGAGCGGAGGGAAAGUCGUUAG